GGAGAGAGAUACGGCACGUGCACUUCCCUUCUGACUAGCUGAGCUGUGUUUGGAGCUGUGCUCUUCUUGCUGAUUUCUUCUUGUGACUAUCGCUGUUUCUGUACGAACUACAAUAAUCAACAUGGCAACAUCUCCUCUUCGACCACAGGUUCUCGGCGCGUACCGCAAGCUACUACUGGCGUCGCGCUUAGCGUUUGGCAAGAACACGGAGAAAGACAGAAUCACUGCCGACCAUAUCCGCCAAGCUUUCAUGGCCAAUUCGGCAGAGACCGAUCCGAAGAAAAUUAAGAAGAUGCUCCGUGCUGCCGGCAUGGCUGAGGACAUCUUCCGCAAGCAAGUGUACGAGCUGACGGAAACGGACACCGAAGGCACAUACCGCCUGCACUACCGCCAGGAUCAGCUAAUUGACCUGCGCAAGCCCAAGCCCGACACACGGAGCAGCACAUGACCUGGUCACAAUUCUAGGCUCAGUGCUUGUUCAGCCUACACACACAGCACAGCUAUAUCAGAAGGGAAGAUUUUCUCGUAUUUAUCAAGAAGUGCAAGUCGUUCUUGCAGAGACUUUACCAGAUGAUUGGAUUAAAGUUCAUCUCUCAGCGCAUCACUCCGCGCUGCCAUACACAAUACGCCAGCUGUGAUAAUUGGAACAGCUGCAUUGCCAGUUUGAUCUUUAUCACCUUAAGGUGAUCGGAGUAGUCCUUGUUGCACGGUCUUGGGUUGCCGGCUGUCAGCCACCAUCCAACCGGCAGCUGCUCACCAGACAGUGCUGUAUGUCACUGAAAUCAUCGGCUAGCUGGUGCUCAAGGCAACCAUGCUAUCUGCAACGACUAGUAACACUCAUCUUGGACUGGGUGUGUGCCUUGCAGUGCCACAAAACCCGAUGCGCCACGUCAUUGCUAGCCUUUCCUCUCUGUUAUCCAGCCCUGCCUAGCGCCUGGAUAAUCUGGAUACUCCGCUUUAUCUAGUAUUUAUUAAUAUUAUUAUCGUCUUUUUUUGUAGUUUGUCAGUUUCUUUUAUCCGUUGUUGUGAGCUCCCUAUGUUUACUGCUGUGUGUCACAGCUCAGCUACAAGUAAGCUCUUUUUUUGUAGUUUGUCCAUAUUUCCUAGUUAUUCCUCCUGUCCCACACAGGGGACUUUCUCUAUUUUGGUAGCCAUAGUUUUGUAGUAGUUUCUUAUUCUUAGCCGUCGACUCGGGUGAUUGUUGUUUAAGUCAGGUAAAUCAAACACGUA